ACCAUAGAAAUGUAGGGCUGGCCAGGACCUCAAGACGUCAGCAAGUCCAGCUCUCUCUGCCGAGGCAGGACCAAGUGCAGGGGCCGGUGAGUUUCGAGGAAGUGGCUGUGUAUUUCACCAGGGAAGAGGGGGUUCUGCUGGACCCCAUUCAGAGAACCCUCUACAGAGAUGUCAUGCAGGAGAACUAUGAGACGGUGGCCUUUCUGGGGUUUCCAGUUUCCAAACCUGAUGUGAUCUCGCAGCUGGAACGAGGGGAGGAGCCAUGGGUCCCAGACCUCCAGGGCUCUGAGAAAGAAGUGCUCCGGAGAGCUGCCUGCACAGGGAGUGACCUAUGGCUGGAUUCUCUCUGUCUCCUUUCAAGUGAUGGGAUGGUGAGUGAGAAUGAGGAGGAGACACCCCAGCAGGAAGAUGCUGAGCAAGUAGAACCCCAUGGGAUGUUAUCAGGAAGAUCCAAAGGGAAUGUUUCCAGGAGUUGUGCACUCCCAGAAAAAGCAAAAGCCUGUGAGACUCAGCAGAUGCCAGAGGAAAACUUGAGUAGCCACUCAGACCUUAUUACAUGUGAGAGAAUCAACUUGGAAGAGACACGCUACACAUGCCUUGAGUGUGGGAAAAGCUUCAAUCGGAGCUCAGACCUUCUCACACAUUGGAGAACCCACACUGGAGAGAAACCCUACACGUGCUCUGAGUGUGGGAAAAGCUUCAUUGAUCGUUCAACCCUCAUCUCACAUCAGCGAAUCCACACAGGAGAGAGACCGUACACAUGCUUUGAGUGUGGGAAAAGCUUUAAUCACAGCUCUACCCUGAGCGCACACAGGAGAAUCCACACGGGUGAGAAACCUUUUGGAUGCUCUGAGUGUGGGAUACACUUCAUUCGUAGUUCAGCUCUCAUCUCACAUCAGAGAAUCCACACAGGAGAGAAGCCCUACGCAUGCUCCGAGUGUGGGAAAAGCUUUAGUCAGCACUCACACCUUAUCACGCAUGGUAGAAUCCACACAGGAGAGAAACCCUACACGUGCGCUGACUGCGGGAAACGCUUCAACGAGAGCUCAAACCUCAUCACACAUCAGAGAAUCCACACAGGGGAGACGCCUUACACAUGCUCGGAGUGUGGGAAAAGCUUCAAGGAAAGCUCAAACCUUAUCGCACAUCGUAGAAUCCACACAGGAGAGAAGCCCUACACCUGCUCCGAAUGUGGGAAAAGCUUUAGUCAGCACUCAACCCUUAUCACACAUAAGAGAAUCCACACAGGAGAGAAGCCCUACAUAUGCUCUGAGUGUGGGAAAAGGUUUAGUCGGCACUCAACCCUUAUCAUACAUUCUAAAAUCCACACAGGAGAGAAGCCCUAUACAUGCUUGGAUUGUGGGAAAAGCUUUAGUCAGCACUCACAACUUAUCUCACAUUGUCGAAUCCACACAGGAGAGACGCCCUUCACGUGCUCUGAGUGUGGGAAAAGCUUCAAUGAGAGUUCAAACCUUGUCACACAUCAGAGAAUCCACACAGGAGAGAAGCCCUACAUAUGCUCUGAGUGUGGGAAAAGCUUUAGUCAGCACUCAACCCUUAUCACACAUGGUAGAAUCCACACAGGAGAGAAGCCCUACGCAUGCUCUGAGUGCGGGAAAAGCUUCAAUGAUCGCUCAAACCUUAUCACACAUGAGAGAGUCCACACUGGAGAGAAGCCUUACACAUGCUCUGAGUGCGGGAAAAGCUUCAAUCAGAGCUCAAACCUUAUCAGGCAUCAGAGAAUUCACACAGGAGAGAAGCCCUACACAUGCUCUGAGUGUGGGAAAAGCUUUAGUCAGCACUCACACCUUAUCAUACAUUUUAAAAUCCACACAGGAGAGAAGCCCUACACGUGCUCUGAGUGUGGGAAAAGCUUUAGUUGGCACUCAGAACUUAUCUCACAUUGUAGAAACCACACAGGAGAGAUGCCCUUCACAUGUUCUGAGUGUGGGAAAAGCUUUAGUCAGCAAUCCCACCUUAUCAGACAUCGCAGAAUCCAAACAGGAGAGACGCCCUACACGUGUUCUGAGUGCGGGAAAACCUUCAGUCGAAGCUCUGACCUGAUUAUACAUCGGAGAAUUCACACGGGUGAGAAACCUUAUGGAUGCUCUGAGUGUGGGAAACGCUUCAUUCAGAGCUCAACCCUCAUCACACAUCAGCGAAUCCACACAGGAGAGAGGCCCUACACAUGCUCUGAGUGUGGGAAAAGCUUUAAUCGGAGCUCUGACCUGAUUAUACAUCGGAGAAUCCACACGGGUGAGAAACCUUAUGGAUGCUCUGAGUGUGGGAAACGCUUCAUUCAGAGCUCAACCCUCAUCACACAUCAGCGAAUCCACACAGGAGAGAGGCCCUACACAUGCGCUGAGUGCGGGAAAAGCUUCAAAAGCAGCUCACACCUUAUUAGACAUCAGAAAAUCCACUUGGAAGAGAGACACUACACUUGCCAUGAAUGUGGGAAAAGCUUAAACCGGAGCUCAGACCUUCUCACACAUUGGAGAACCCACACUGGAGAGAAACCCUACAUGUGCUCUGAGUGUGGGAAAAGCUUUAGUCAGCGCUCAACCCUUAUUACACAUUGGAGAACCCACACUGGAGAGAAACCCUACACAUGCUCUGAGUGUGGGAAAAGCUUCAAUCGGAGCUCAAACCUUAUCACACAUGAGAGAAUCCACACAGGAGAGACGCCCUACACAUGCUCUGACUGCGGGAAAAGCUUCAAUCAGAGCUCAAACCUUAUCAGACAUCGUAGAAUCCACACAGGAGAGAAGCCCUACACAUGCUCUGAGUGUGGGAAAAGCUUCAGUCAGCACUCGCACCUUAUCUUACAUUUUAAAAAGCACACAGGAGAGACGCCCUUCACAUACUCUGAGUGUGGGAAAAGCUUUAGUCAGCAACCACAGUUUAGCAGACAUCGUCGAAUCCAAACAGGAGAGACACCCUACACGUGCUCUGAGUGUGGGAAAACCUUCAGUCGGAGCUCUAAGCUAAUUAUACACCAGAGAAUUCACACGGGUGAGAAACCUUAUGGAUGCUCUGAGUGUGGGAAAUGCUUCAUUCAGAGCUCAACCCUCAUCAUACAUCAACGAAUCCACACAAGAGAGAGGCCCUACAUAUGCUCUGAGUGUGGGAAAAGCUUCAGUCGGAGCUCUGACCUGAUUACACAUCGGAGAAUCCACAUGCAUGAGAAACCUUAUGGAUGCUCUGAGCGUGGGAAAUGCUUCAUUCAGAGCUCAACCCUCAUCACACAUCCGCGAAUCCACACAGGAGAGAGGCCCUACAUAUGCUCUGAGUGUGGGAAAAGCUUCAAAAACAGCUCAUACCUUAUUAGACAUCAGAAAAUCCACGUGAGAGAGAACUGUAAGAAAUGCCUUGAUUAGGGCUGGGCAAAGAUUUUUUUUUUAAAUCACAUUUGCUAAUUCUCACAUAGUGAUCUGUGCACCAUCUUCACUGUGGUCUGUCAGCUCCCUGAGAUCAGUUGCCUGCAUCUGCCUUUUGCAGCUCACCCUUCUUUGGGGUCAGUCCUGUGAUCUUUUCAACUGCUUUCCUUUUGAGUCAUAGGAAUGUGUGUCCCUCCAGCCAGGAACAUUCAACAGCUCCCAGAUGGGGAGAGAGGUUUGAUCCCAACAAGCUUCACUGAGUCAAAAACUACCCGUGCCUUACAUCCACUAGGUCUGUACAUGGCUUUGGCUCCUCAAGUGUGUGAUCUUGGUGUAAAAGGACAAUUCUAGUGGUAGAGCAGAUGCAGCUCAGGUGCAGUGUUUGGCAUUAGCUUUCCCCUUGACCUGACCUAAACUCCAUCACUUUUCCUAGUCUAAACAAACCCUGAGCAUCACAGUUAUACUGUUCCCCCAUUUCAAAGCAAUUGUUAGUCAUCAAGUUCCCCCUUCGGGAACAAAUGAUUUCAUUCCCAGUUGCUCUGAUGUUGCUUCAGGUUGUGUUGGAGAGCAGAUUUUUUUUUCCUCCCUUAAAAUAUAUUGAACUAUAAUAAAGAAAAUAUAAUAUAUAUAUAAAAUAAUAAAAAAGGAACAGGGCAGGGAUAGGGGAAAAUGUCAUUUCCCCUCUGUAACAACAGAAGAAGAUAGGGUCAGUCAGAGGGAUUCCCUUAUUCCCCAUCACCAUCCCAAUCCCCCCCGUUGUUCAAUUGCUUAAGUUAAUUUUUUUUCUAAAGGGCUGGGAAGAGGAUUCCCUAGUAAAAAUAACUUGUAACUAAGCAAAAUACCCAUGCACUUGGCUCCUAAAGCAGUUGUGGCCCAGGUCCUGCAGGAGGUCGCUCCUGAAGAUAUCUCCUUCCUAAUCAGAUGCAUGUUGCCUAUUAUUUGGGAAAUGCAAUCCCUAUCUAGGUCGGGAUGGGAAAAAUGGAAGUGACGUUUCUGUUCAGCUCACCCCUGGGAGAUCCUGCAAACGUGUAGAAAAUGAAAUCCAUGUUGAAUGGGAUAUACCUGCAGAAAGACACCUAUUGUUAAUAGAUACCUGACAUUUGGUGUCUUACAGGGAUUCUAAGCAGCACCUGAAUUUAGUCCCUAAUUUAAGUCUGUGCCACCAGAUUAAAGGAAUAAAAGGACAUAUUUUGGGGAGUUAUAACUCACUAUCGCUACUGAUAUGUUGUGUGGUUGGUGAAGAAUUCUGCACCAGAGAAGUGUAAAAUUACUCCAAGGAAGGUCAAGGAUUUGACAGGAACUCAGGUAGAAAUUGCACGUGCUAGUGGUUGAUUUUCACCCCAGAGAUGGACGCUAUGGUGACCUGUGGCCCAGGUAAACUAUUUUUAGAACGCUGCUCCCUAGUUAAGUGGCACUGAUCACACUCCUACAGGAUGCCAUGAUUACACUGGGCACAGCUGUCUUUUACCAUUUGGAUCCAAAGUUUCAUGAAGCACAGAAAGAAACAGCUGAUUCCUUCAGAGCCAUUCCAUGCUUAUUGGUCCCAAUCUGGCUGCCUUGUUGGACAAGAAGCACUUCCAUGCUGGGCAAAUGAUGGUAGCCAAUGAGGGAAUGUAUCGGAUUCCCAGUUCAGACUGCAGGAUACAUGAAUGCUAAGUCCAGAAUCUGUGUUUUGCUAUUAAGUCUAAUGCAUUUGUAUCACUUCUUCUCCUGCUGCUACUUUGAAAGAUUAGAAAGUGUAAAAAUACAGCACAGGUGGUUUUUCCUCGUGAUGCGAUCUUCCUGCGUAGUGUGAGACCCCUUCCACCCACACUUAUGGGAGAAGAUCCAGGGAGAAAUGAACUCUCAGAAAUGGAAGGCGGCUCCUAGCUUAUGGUAGAAUGUGACUUCACACAGAGCUCACUGGGUGGAAAUGGGAAUCAAGAGAAAGCUGCCCUAUAGGUUUAUAUUUUGUAAUCUUUGAAUAAGUUGUUACCAGCAACAAUGAAAUUUAACAUGAAGUUAAUCAGUGUAAUGUAAGAGGCUGAUCAUGUGAUAACUUGCAGUGUUACAACAGAAUUCACGUUUUCUUAUAGAAUCAUAGAAUAUCAGGGUUGGAAGGGACCCCAGAAGGUCAUCUAGUCCAACCCCCUGCUCGAAGCAGGACCAAUUCCCAGUUAAAUCAUCCCAGCCAGGGCUUUGUCAAGCCUGACCUUAAAAACCUCUAAGGAAGGAGAUUCUACCACCUCCCUAGGUAACGCAUUCCAGUGUUUCACCACCCUCUUAGUGAAAAAGCUUUUCCUAAUAUCCAACCUAAACCUCCCCCACUGCAACUUGAGACCAUUACUCCUCGUUCUGUCAUCUGCUACCAUUGAGAACAGUCUAGAGCCAUCCUCUUUGGAACCCCCUUUCAGGUAGUUGAAAGCAGCUAUCAAAUCCCCCCUCAUUCUUCUCUUCUGCAGGCUAAACAAUCCCAGCUCCCUCAGCCUCUCCUCAUAACUCAUGUGUUCCAGUCCCCUAAUCAUUUUUGUUGCCCUUCGCUGGACUCUCUCCAAAUUAUCCACAUCCUUCUUGAAGUGUGGGGCCCAAAACUGGACACAGUACUCCAGAUGAGGCCUCACUAAUGUCGAAUAGAGGGGAACGAUCACGUCCCUCGAUCUGCUCGCUAUGCCCCUACUUAUACAUUCCAAAAUGCCAUUGGCCUUCUUGGCAACAAGGGCACACUGCUGACUCAUAUCCAGCUUCUCGUCCACUGUCACCCCUAGGUCCUUUUCCGCAGAACUGCUGCCUAGCCAUUCGGUCCCUAGUCUGUAGCUGUGCAUUAGGUUCUUCCGUCCUAAGUGCAGGACCCUGCACUUAUCCUUAUUGAACCUCAUCAGAUUUCUUUUGGCCCAAUCCUCCAAUUUGUCUAGGUCCUUCUGUAUCCUAUCCCUCCCCUCCAGCAUAUCUACCACUCCUCCCAGUUUAGUAUCAUCCGCAAAUUUGCUGAGAGUGCAAUCCACACCAUCCUCCAGAUCAGAAGGUUCCUCCAGAACCUUCUUCUAGUUCUCUCCCUGCCCCCUCCUACUACAUAGGAAAUGGUGGCUAAUCCUGAAAUUAAAACCUCACUCCAAAGGAAUUAGAGUGGGGGAAUAUGUGAGAGAAAUAGCAUGCAUGAGAAUAGAGUCCCAGUAUAGACUGUAAUUAUUUCUAUUUAAAAUGGAAUUUAUUAUAAUAAAUUUUAAAAUAAAUUUUCCCUGAAGAGGAAAAUUACUUGAGACAAGAUGUGUAGCCUUUUACCCAGUUAGAGGGUAACAGCCACAGAGUUCCCCAGGGCUCUUGUUUGCAAAGCAAAGAAGUGACAUCAGGCAGGAGAUGUCAAGAUCUAAACUGGUGAUGGGCGUGUGAUGGGAGAUUUUCUGGGUUAUUUUUUUGGUUUGUUUUUUUAAUUUAAUUUUAAUUUUGCAACCAGUUACUUUUAUAGGUGCUGAAGACCCUUUUCCUUUUGAGAACAGCUAUUUAACCAUCAGGCCUGGCUCUGGAAACCUCCCCAAAGCUGGCCUUGUGUGUCUUUUCUGUUUGAUAUCUUUGGGGUUCACACAUCCACACUAAGUGCGGUUCACAGCAAUGGAUACUUUGAGAAACCUGCUGGGUGAAGCAGGCCUUUUCCAAAACGACAUUGGCCGAAAGUCUGCCUCAAUUCAGCUGGAUUGGAACAGGUCUGUAUCAAAGGAGUGGUGCACACCUGAUUUGCCCAGAGACCUUGGGGGAGGUGUGGUAAGAUAGGGUAAGUAGGAAUCGACACCAAAAAAGUUAAAUGUAAGGGUGAAAGAACUUCACCUUGCAGAUCAACAAGCCUGUUCUUUUCAUUCCCACUGAAGCAUCUGGCACUGGUCACUCUCAGGGAACACACUGGGCUAGAUGACCAUUGGUCUGACCCAGUAUGGCCAGUCUUGCGUUCUUAUGUAAGCCACAUAGGGCCUUGUCUACACUGGCAAGUUUCUGCGCAGUAAAGUAGCUUUCUGCAGUGUAACUCCCAAGGUGUACACACAGCCAAGCCACUUAGUGCACAGAAACUGCAAUUGCAGCUCUGUAAAAAAAAAAAAAAAAAAGCCACCCCGUUGAGAGGCGUAGAGCUUUCUGUGCCAGGACUACAGCGCCGCGGUGCAAGUGUAGACACGCUGGUCGAUCACAGCGCUGCGAUUGGCCUCCGGAAGGUGUCCCACAAUCCCUGUUCUCGCCUCUCUGGUCAUCGGUUUGAACUCGACUGCACUGACCGCAGGCGACCAACUGUGAACCCCACCCCUUAAAUUCCUUGGGAAUUUUGAAAGUCCCCUUCCUGUUUGCUCGGUGACACAUGCAGUGGUCUCAGUGCAUCUUUCCAGGUGACCUUGCUUGGAGCAAUGCCGAGCUGCUGGGCCUCAUCAGCAUUUGGGGAGAGGAGGCUGUCCCCUUCCAGCUAUGCUCUAGUUGUAGGAAUUAUACUGAUGGACAGAUUUCACGAUGCAUGAGAGAAAGGGGCCAUGACCGGGACACACUGCAAUGCAGGGUCAAAGUGAAGGAGCUGUGGAACGCCUACUCCAUGGCAUGGGAGGCAAACCGCCGCUCCGGUGCUGCACCCAUGAGCUCCUGGUUCUACAAAGAGCAGGAUGUGAUAAUCAGUGGUGACCCGCCCUCCACUGUGAAGGCCACUGUGGAUACUUCAGUGGCUCACAUGCCAGUCGAGAGUGGACCAAGCCAGGAGGAGGAAAUCCUGGAUAAGGAUGUGGAAGCGGAGGGAUCCCCAGAGGAAGAGGAUGAGUCAGAGGUCAGAUAUGCAUGCAGCCAGGAGCUCUUCUGUGCCCCGGAGAAGGAGAGCCAGCCACAGCUGUCAGAGCUUGGUGAAGCGCAAACAGGAGAGGAGGCCCCUGAUAUGCCCUUGGGAGCCAGCCUCCCUCUUUGUUAUCACUGGAAAAACAGCUGCUGAGAAUUAGAAAGCGGCCAUGAAGAACUAAAGAGAACUUUCUGCAUGAGGUCAUGAUGCACUCCGCGGCUGAAAAACAAGAAUUAAAGGAGUGGCCGGACAGCGAGAAGAGGGACGUAAAGGAGAAUGGUGCGCCAGAACGAAGCCAUGGAGGGGCUCUUAAACGUUAAGGAGCGCCAAGCAGACUCACUCCUGGUGCUACUAGCACUGCAAACCGAACAGCUCCGUGAUUGCCCUCCCCUGCAUCCGCAUCCCCAGACGUGCAUCCCCCAGACACCGCCAACAGACUCUUAGCAACCUCCUGGCUCCAGUCUGUACCCGCUGCCUUCCACUCCUGCCCCAUCCCAGUCCAGCCCUGCGGACGCCCAGUACCCACUGCACUCAACACCCGUCCCUCUGUAUUCCUGAUGAAGUACGGUACCCCCUGCACUGUACUCCAAAGAAUAAGGUUGCAUAUGAUACCUGGGCAUACACAAAUCUUUAACCGUCCCUGGACCCCACCUCCUCAUGGGACCCUCCCUUCCCCCAUCCCCCACAGUGCUGAUGUGGUGGUGUUGUUUUUCCCUCUCCUCCGGUGGUUGCUUUUUAAUAAAAGAAUAGUUUUGGUUUGAAA